AUGUCUUACACAUCCAAGUUAUUCCCAGAAGAGCCAGCUGCUCCUUCGGUUGUGACCGAAUCCAUUCCAGGCCCAAAGGGUCAAGAGGCCAUCAAGACUCUUGGUGACGUCUUCGAUAACAGAUGUACCUACUUUGUUGCCGACUACGAAAAGUCCACUGGUAACUACAUCAUUGAUGUCGACGGAAACGUUCUGUUGGACGCAUACUGUCAGGUUGCUUCCAUCGCUUUGGGCUACAACAACCCAAACUUGAUCAAGGCUGCAAGAUCCGACAAGAUGAUCAGAGCUAUUGUUGACAGACCAGCUUUGGGUAACUUCCCUGGUGCUGAUUUCGAAACUCUCCAGAAGGACUUGUUGAAGCACGCUCCAAAGGGCCAAACCCACGUCUGGAACGGUUUGUCUGGUGCCGACGCCAACGAAUUAGCUUUCAAGGCUGUUUUCUUCAACUACCAAUCCAAGAAGAGAGGUUUCAGCAAAAACUUCUCAGCUGAAGAAGAAGAAACCUGUAUGUUGAACCAAGCUCCCGGUAACCCAGAAAUUGCUAUUCUCUCCUUCAAGAAGGCUUUCCACGGUAGAUUAUUUGCCUCCGGUUCCGUCACCAGAUCUAAGCCAGUCCAUAAGAUGGACAUGCCAUCUUUCGAAUGGCCAACUGCUGAAUUUCCAGCUUACAAGUACCCAUUGGAAGCUAACGCAGAAGCCAACAAGCAAGAAGAUGCAAGAUGUCUUGCAAUCGUUGAAGACAGACUCCAAAACUGGAAAUGCCCAAUUGCUGGUGUCAUUGUUGAACCAGUUCAAUCUGAGGGUGGUGACAACCACGCUUCUGCUGUCUUUUUUCAGGGCUUGAGAGACCUUACCUUGAAGUAUGGUGCUAAGUUGAUUAUCGACGAAGUUCAAGCUGGUUGUGGUGGUACCGGUAUCAUGUGGGACCACGAGAGAUACAACAUUACCCCACCUCCUGACCUUGUCACUUUCUCCAAGAAGAUGCAAUCUGCAGGUUACUGGUUCCAUGACCCUGAAUUCAUUCCAAACAUGCCAUACAGACAGUUCAACACUUGGUGUGGUGAUCCAAAGGGUAUUAUUAUGGCUGCUGCCAUCUGUGAUGAAAUUAAGGACAACAACUUGUUGGAACCAUUGAGAGAGACUGGUCUUUACUUCUACAACCAAUUGGAGGCUCUUCAAACUAAAUACCCACAAUUCAUCACCAACUUGAGAGGUAAGGGUAAAGCAUGUUUUCUUGCUUUUGACAUGCCUUCUGGCGAAAAGAGAGCCGAGUUCUUGGGCAAGAUGAGAUUAGCCGGUAUCAAUGUCGGUGGUUGCGCUGAAGUUGGUGUUAGAUUAAGACCUGGAUUAAUCUUUGAAAACAAGCACGUCGACAUCUUCAUUGCUGCAAUGGAAAAGGUGCUCCCAACUUUAUAA